CACGUCAAACCUACAACAACCAAAAAUAAAAAUAAAAAUAAAAAUAUUUUUACUCUGAAUCACAUUUUUUUUUUUGUGUUUUGUUUGUUCCCUUGUAGAUUCGUACUCUGCAAGUGAACUAAAACACAGAAGACGAAAGAGACGAGACGACGAAUCCAGAAUCAGAGAGAAAGGCUUCAGUACAAAUUUGGAUCUGACUUUUUGAUUUUGCGGCGGUUCAAGUUCAAUGCUUUAAUAAACAUCGAGCAGUUUCGAAUCUCUGGGGAAAACGAAGCGUGUAGGUUAGGGGAAAACAACAAGUGCUUAAGAUUACGUUGAAGAGAAGCAAGUUCUUAUAAUCGCGAUUUGAAGAGAAGCAAGUGUUUUUGGUAGAGCGAUGGAGUCACGAAUGGAUCAGUAUGAGCUUAUGGAACAGAUCGGGAGAGGAGCCUUUGGUGCCGCCAUUUUAGUUCAUCAUAAAGCUGAGAGAAAGAAGUAUGUUUUGAAGAAGAUCAGAUUAGCUAGACAAACGGAACGUUGCCGGAGAUCUGCUCAUCAAGAGAUGGCUUUGAUUGCAAGAGUUCAGCAUCCUUAUAUUGUGGAGUUUAAAGAAGCUUGGGUUGAGAAAGGUUGCUAUGUUUGUAUUGUCACUGGAUACUGUGAAGGAGGAGACAUGGCUGAGUUGAUGAAAAAGUCAAAUGGUGUUUAUUUUCCUGAGGAGAAACUCUGCAAGUGGUUUACUCAAUUAUUAUUGGCGGUUGAGUAUCUGCAUUCUAACUAUGUUCUUCAUCGUGAUCUUAAGUGUUCCAACAUUUUCCUUACAAAAGAUCAAGACGUCCGCCUUGGGGACUUUGGCCUUGCCAAAACAAUGAAGGCGGAUGACCUAACUUCCUCGGUUGUUGGAACUCCAAACUACAUGUGCCCGGAACUGCUUGCUGAUAUCCCUUAUGGUUUUAAAUCAGAUAUCUGGUCGCUAGGCUGUUGUAUAUAUGAAAUGGCUGCAUAUCGACCUGCUUUCAAAGCUUUUGAUAUGGCAGGGCUUAUAAGUAAGGUUAAUCGUUCCUCAAUAGGUCCAUUGCCACCGUGCUAUUCACCAUCUUUAAAAGCACUCAUCAAGGGGAUGUUAAGGAAGAACCCCGAGUAUCGGCCAAACGCCUCCGAUAUUUUGAAGCAUCCUUAUUUGCAGCCAUAUGUUGAGCAGUACCGUCCAACCCUUUCUGCAGCGUCUAUAACUCCAGAAAAGCCUCUUAAUUCUCGCGAGGGCCGGAGGAGUAUGGCUGAAAGCCAGAACAGCAAUAGUUCAAGUGAAAAAGAUAACUUCUAUGUGAGUGACAAAAAUAUCCGAUAUGUGGUUCCAAGUAAUGGUACUAAAGUCUCUGAGACAGAUUCAGCUUCAAUCGAUGAUGAAGACACCCUCGAGCAUGUGCAACAACCAGCUGAAAAUGACAAUCUCCAGAGUGUUUCAGCAGCGAAACCAGAUGGCCAUGGGAUUUUAAAGCCCGUACAGAGUGACCAGCGACCAGACAUUAUUCAACCAAGGCACCCAAAAACUAUCAGAAACAUCAUGAUGGUUUUGAAAGAAGAGAAAGCUAGAGAAAAUGGUUCACCCAUGAGAUCUAACCGAGGGAGACCUUCUAGUGUUCCAACUCAGAAGAAUAAUAUUGAAACUCCAUCAAAGAUUCCCAAACUCAGUGACGUUGCUCAUGGCUCCAAUACUAACGUAAAUACGCCUAUCCCACCUUCAAAGCUAGCUCCUGAUUCCGCAAGGGCUCCAGGAUCAAUACCGCCAAAGCAUCAUAUGCCAGUGAUUGACUCUUCUCCAAAACUUAAGUCUAGAAGCGACAGAACUUCACCAUCUCCUGCUGCUAAACAGGAGGCCGAAGAGGUAAUGUCAAUUAAGCGAAGGCAAAGAACACCUCCUACUUUACCAAGAAGACCGUCUUUGAUAGCGCAGCAGUCAAGACAAUUAGGAGCAGAUAUUCCAAAUAUGGCAGCCAAGGACACCAUGAAGCAACAUCCACCUGUGCCGUCAGAGUCUGAAACUAAUUCUCAUCAAUCUCGUGUCCAUGCUUCCCCUGUGAAUACGCCGGAGCCAAAGAGAACCUCUGUCGGAUCUUCCAAAGGAAUGCAGAGUGAAAGCAGCAACUCAAUAUCGUCUUCGUUGUCCAUGCAGGCAUUUGAGCUCUGUGAUGAUGCUUCGACCCCAUAUAUCGACACGUCAGAACAUACAACUCCUGAUGACCACAGAAGAUCCUGUCACAGUGAAUACUCGUCUUCAUUUCCAGAAAUCUCCUCAGAGAUGAUGAUCCGCAGAGAAGAACACAGCACCAGUAUGCGGCUAAACGAAACUCCUGACACUGUUUCCGAUGUUCAAAACACUAUUGCCUAUCGUCAUCAUCCAGAAGAAAGCUCGCCCACUCUGCAGAAAAAUGAUAGCCCUGCAACAAUGCAGAGCUACGAGCCUAAUGCAUCACAACGACACCACGGUGAUGACAAAUUCACAGUCAAAGAAUUCAUCUCCUCUGUUCCUACAGCUGCACCUAUUCCUUUGCAUGUAGGACCAUCCCACCAAGUGAAUUCCCACUCAGAUAACAAAACAAGCUCCCACCAAAUGCAAGUGAAUUCCCACUCGGAUAACAAAGCAUGCCUUGUGUCUCAGAACUCAGCUCUUGAGCAGAACAACAAUCCUUCCCAUCUUCAUCCAGUUGUUGAUGAUUUCAUACAUGUUAUCCGACACAGCAGCUUCCGUGUAGGGAGCGACCAGCCAGUCAUGGAAAGUGUUGAAGUCGGUGUACAGACCGUCGACAUGGGGAAACUCAUAAACGUUGUGAGAGAUGAAAUGGAGGUGAGAAAAGUACCAACUCCCUCGGAAUCACCCACCACUAGAUCGAUCAUUUCAGAGCCUGACUCAAGAACUGAGACCCGCCCUGAAGUACCAGAUCCCAUCACCAACUACUCAGAAACAAAGAGCUUUAACUCCUGCUCUGAUUCUUCACCAGCUGAGACAAGACCCAACUCAUUCAUGCCUGAUGAGGAAACAACUCCGGCUCCAGCUGUGAAAGAGACAUUGGACAUCAAGUCGUUCAGACAGAGAGCAGAGGCGCUUGAAGGUCUAUUGGAACUAUCUGCGGAUUUGCUGGAACAGAGCAGGCUCGAAGAGCUAGCCAUUGUGUUGCAGCCGUUCGGGAAGAACAAAGUUUCGCCUAGAGAAACCGCUAUUUGGUUGGCAAAGAGUCUUAAAGGAAUGAUGAUCGAAGACAUCAAUAAUAAUAACAGUGGCAGCUCCAGAAAUGUAUCAUGAAGGUAAAGUAACAUACAAGCAUUUACAACCAAACUCUCUUCUUUGUUACUUGUUUUCUAUAAAGUUCAUAUUUUCAUAAAGUAACAAUUCACUCAGUAAAAAGAAUCACAAACAACAAAACACAUCCAUUUCGAAAUUUUGAAAGUACAGCCACCGUUAUCGAUGUUAAGUGUUUCCAAUAUUGUAUAUACAGACUCUGGGAUUAUUGGUUGAUUA